UCCUCAUCGGCGACGAACUGGACGAGGACGCUGAGCUUCGCGUUCCAGUGCGUCGGGGUGGUGUACGGCGACAUCGGGACGUCGCCGCUGUACGUGUUCAAGAGCACGUUCACCGAGGGGAUAAAGAGGAAGGAGGACAUUCUCGGCGUGCUUUCACUCAUCAUCUACACCUUGAUCUUGGUCCCGAUGAUCAAGUACGUCUCCAUCGUGCUGUGGGCCAACGACAACGGCGACGGCGGCACCUUCGCCCUCUACUCCCUCCUGUGCCGCCACGUGAAGGUGAGCCUGAUCCCCAACGGGCAGCCGGAGGACGCACAGCUGUCCAACUACAACCUCCAGGUCCCGUCGGCGGCGACCCGGAUCAGCCUCGGUGUGAAGCACAAGCUGGAGACCAGCCGGCCGCUGCAGAUGAUGUUGUUUCUUGUCACCAUCCUCGGCACUUCUAUGGUCAUCGGCGACGGCGUUCUCACUCCGGCCAUUUCUGUCAUGUCAGCAGUAGAUGGGAUUUCGUCGUCCCUAGGACAAGUUAACGCAGAGGCGGUAAUUGGGAUCUCGGUAGCGAUACUGGUGGCCAUAUUCUCGGUGCAGCGUUUUGGUACGGACAAAGUGGGACUCUCGUUUGCGCCCAUUAUCCUGAUAUGGUUUGCGUUCAUCGGCGGAAUCGGGGUGUACAACUUGUUCAAGUACGACGUCGGAGUGCUGCGUGCCUUCAACCCAAAAUACAUCGUUGAUUAUUUCAGCGGGAACGGCAAGGAGGCUUGGAUUUCCCUCGGUGGAAUUGUUCUCUGCAUCACAGGAACCGAAGCUAUGUUCGCCGAUUUGGGUCACUUCAACGUUCGAGCUGUCCAAAUUAGCUUCUCAGGACUGGUGUUUCCAGCAAUCACAACUGCAUAUAUUGGGCAAGCAGCUUACCUGUCCAAAUUCCCCGAGGACGUCGCCGACACCUUCUACAAGUCCAUCCCGGGUACGUACAAAUUACGAAAUUGCACAGGCCCGCUGUAUUGGCCGACGUUCGUAGUCGCGGUAGCAGCAGCGAUCAUCGCGAGCCAGGCCAUGAUCUCGGGCGCGUUCGCCAUCAUAUCCCAGUCCCUCACCCUGGGCUGCUUCCCCAGGGUGAAAGUCGUCCACACCUCCGCCAAGUACGAGGGUCAAGUCUACAUCCCCGAGAUCAACUACCUGCUCAUGAUCGCCUGCGUCCUCGUCGUCGUCGCCUUCAAGUCCACCGAGCAAAUCGGCCACGCCUACGGCAUCGCCGUGGUGGCGGUGAUGGUGAUGACCACGUGCAUGGUCAGCUUGAUCAUGCUGGUGAUAUGGAGGACAAAGCUGGUUUGGAUAGCCGCCUUCUUCCUCGUAUUCGGGCUGAUCGAAGUCGUCUACUUGUCCGCCGUUCUCUACAAGUUCAAGCAAGGAGGCUACCUGCCGCUCGCUUUCUCUUUGUUUCUAAUGAUGAUCAUGGGGAUAUGGCACUACGUACACAAACAGAGGUACAUGUACGAGGUUAGAAACAAGGUUUCCUCCGAGUACAUCGCACAAUUGCUACAAAACGAUGGCGGAACGAAUACGACCAUUUCUCGUGUCCCGGGGAUGGCUUUCCUAUACUCGGAGUUGGUUCAAGGGAUUCCACCAAUCUUCCCUCAUUUUUUGGCUAACGUGCCUUCGAUACAUUCGGUUUUGGUAUUUGUCUCCCUCAAGUUGCUUCCCAUCAGCAAGGUGCUCCCCGGGGAGAGGUUCCUGUUCAGGCGAGUCGAGCCCAAGGAGCAUCGAAUGUUUCGUUGCGUGGUGAGGUAUGGCUACAAGGACACGGUGGAGGAGCCUCGGGAGUUCGAGCGCCAGUUGGUGCAGAACCUGAAGGACUUCAUCCGCCACGACCACUUCGUUCGCGAAGGAGCACUGCUUGCUCCUCCUCUAGCUUCUGAAAGUGGUGGUCACAUCGACAUUAACGUUGACACACAACAUGUGAAAUAUGGGACGAAAUCGUUCAAUAGUAGUACUGUUCAUGUAGAGGAGGCCUUGCAGCAGCCUAAUAACCAUGGUAGUCGUCGUCUUGUUUCGUCGAGGAGAUCUUCCAGCUCCAUUCGCCCAGAUAACAACGACGACGAAAAUGGCAAUGUCGUCGUUAAUGAUGGUGGUAAUUGUUCUUCGGUUGGAAUCACUUCAGGGAGCAAGCUGUCGUCGUCGCUGUUGUCGGCGAACGUGGAGGAAGAGACGCAGUUCGUGCAGAAAGCGAUGGAGAAGGGCGUGGUGUAUCUGCUGGGAGAGGCAGAGGUUGUGGCCGAAGCGAAUUCGUCGUUGCUCAAGAAGUUGGUUGUCAACUAUGCAUACAGUUUCCUGAGGAAGAAUUUUAGGGAAGGAGAGAAGGUUUUGGCGAUCCCGCAGACGAGGCUUCUCCGAGUUGGGAUGACUUACGAGAUAUGA